GCGGAAGUGAACGGGACGCGCAGAGCACCUUGAAUGGGUAUGUAGGAAUGAGACUUUACAACAUCAAAGAGUGGCGAUUUGAACAUCAACAGAGCACGGAAUCAUUUUUAGCUUUGUCUGCCACCCAUCUGUAAGGUGUGGCUGCCAAGCCCUCCCUGAUGCCUGUUUCUCCAGGCUAUGCACGUCUUAACCAAAAUGAGCCUAUGAACUCUCUGCGCAUCACUGUUGGAGGGCUACCGAUGCUCACUUCCAUGACUAACACCACGGACUCCCGCUUCCGCAUAAAAUGGAAAGCCAUUGUGGUGGUUGCGUCAGCGCUUACCCUCGUCCUCUUCAUCUACCUGCAGUUUCUGCCCUUUCACCCUCAACCUAAAGGCAGAUAUGGCUUGAGGUUGAACCAUCCAGAGAUCCGAGCAGAGGACCACUACAAUGACACUUACCCCCUCAGUCCACCAGAACACACAACCCAGGGCAUGCGCUACCGUAUCGGGGUCAUCGCUGACCUAGACACAAACUCGCGCAGUGAAAAGAAGCUGACAUGGUUCAGUUAUAUGCUGAAGGGUUAUCUUCUGGUGUCAGGGAGUGGAGAUACAGUGGCGGUUGAGUGGGACCAGGACAGGGUGGUCCUGGAAAGCCACCUGGCAGAGAAGGGUCGAGGCAUGGAGCUCUCUGAAUUAGUGGUCUUUAAUGGGAAACUGUACAGUGUGGAUGAUCGUACCGGCAUAGUAUAUAACAUAGAAGGACAGAAGGUAGUGCCCUGGGUCAUACUGCCAGAUGGUGAUGGCUCUGUUUCUAAAGGGUUUAAGGCAGAGUGGCUUGCUGUGAAGAAUGAGCAUUUAUACGUGGGAGGUUUGGGGAAGGAGUGGACCACCACCACAGGAGAGGUGCUCAAUGAAAAUCCAGAGUGGGUGAAAGUGGUGGGUUUCCACGGAGAUGUGCAGCAUCAGAACUGGGUGCCUAAAUACAACUCUCUCCGCAGUGCCGCAGGCAUCAGUCCUCCUGGGUACCUCAUACAUGAGUCGGCAGCUUGGAGCGACACACUGCAACGUUGGUUCUUCCUGCCACGGCGUGCUAGCAGCGAGCGGUACGAUGAGACUGCGGAUGAACGGCGGGGUGUCAAUAUAAUGCUCAGCUGCUCUCCAGACUUCCAGGACAUCAAAGCAAAAGAGGUGGGACCUCUGAACCCUACCCACGGCUUUUCCUCUUUUAAGUUUGUCCCAAACACAGACGACCAGAUUAUUGUUGCCCUCAAAUCUGAGGAGGACGCUGGAAAAAUUGCCACUUACAUUGUGGUUUUCACCCUGGAUGGGCGAAUUCUGCUUCCUGAAACGAAGAUUGGAGACGUGAAGUAUGAGGGACUUGAGUUCAUUUAGUGCGAGAGACAUAUACGUGCCAAGAACUGGUUAAUGCCAUUUUUCUAGGUGAUGGACAUCUAGAUGUGGACAAUGAGGUGUCUCUAUGUUGAAAUAGAUGAAGAAUUUACAUUUCUCUCAUUGAUUCUUAUAAUGCCAACUGGCUGUUGGCAGCCUUUGCCUAAAGUUGGGUUCUGGUUAGUUAGACAAAAUAAUUUAGGAUUGUCAUGCUUUAAUUUGUAUAAGAGAUUUGUCAGAGCCUUAAUCAAAUGCUGAAACCUUUGCUCCAACCACUAGUGGUCUCAUGCAAGAAUGUAAAAGAAUGAAGUGCCAUGUGUUUUUGCUUAUUGUCAAAUUUCUCAUAAUGUGUGUGUUUUUUUUCUUUUGAUCUAAAUGAGGUAAAAAGAUCAGAUAUGUUUAAAAAAAAAAAAAUGAAAUAUAAAAAAAUCUGAAUUGUGUCAAAAUUAUGAAUGAUUAUUUUACAUUGAUGCACCAUUGAGUUAUUUUUUAUUUAUUUAUUUUUUUAAAUGUUUUCUGAAAAUGUGGGCUUGACUAUUUUUAAGAAUGAUAUUGAUGUACCUGGAUUUUUUUAAUCCAGUUGUUUGAAUCAGUCUGUAUUUGUCAUGGUUUUAGGGAUUUUAUAAAAAAUAAAAAGCACAUUCAAAGUGAACCAACACGAAACGCUACAUACAUCAUAUCAGUGGGAAUGUAGACAGAACUCAUACAUACAUUAAUAAUCACUGUUAACAAAUAUUGCAAGAUGAUGUAUUUGGAGGUCAAGAGGAGUUUGCUUCUGUUCUGAUUUUUCUGUAUAUUUAGAACCCAUUCAAAUACAUGAGCUCA